AUGGCCAUAAAAAAUCAAACAAGUUGCCAAGCUGCAGCGCUAAAGAAAAUAUUGAAAAGGUGUUCGAGUUUGGGAAAGAAAAAUGGCUACGACGAUGAAGAUGGUCUUCCCAUUGACGUGCCCAAAGGCCAUUUUGCUGUCUACGUAGGAGAGAACCGAACACGAUAUAUUAUACCAAUUUCUUUCUUAGCUCACCCUCAGUUUAAGUCCCUUCUCCAUCGUGCCGAAGAGGAGUUUGGGUUUAAUCACGAUAUGGGCAUUACCAUUCCCUGUGAAGAAUUCGUUUUUCGAUCAUUAACUUCCAUGCUGCAGCAGAAGAGAAAUAUUUAA